CCCGCCCCCCAGCAUGCAUUUCGGCGCGCGAACUUGAAGUUUAUUUGCACCAGCAACAUUUUCGUGCAUUUUACAUGCUAACAGUACAACUGCACGGAGCACUUAUGACCUUUUGAAAUUCAUUGUCGUAAAUAGUACUGUAGAACCAAAUAUCGUCGUUUUUCAAUGACCGUGUACUAUCUUGCGUGUCAUUUUUGUAAAAAGGACAACAAAGUUUGGAAUACGCACACAGGUCUGGCGUGCCGAAGGUGUAUCGUUGUUACUCUUAAUGUUGCCAAAUGAAAAAUGAGAUCGUUCGUUUCGUUCCCCGUCGUAAUUUAGCCUCAUUCAUGGACUUGUCUGUCGUCUCCAAACACCUUGUCUACAGUUUAUGUACAGCAGGGUUGAUUUUGUUGAGUUUGCGGUGAACUGAGGAUGAGCAGCCCAACAGGCACACCCAAACCUGCUGACCCCUUUUACAAUUUAUGGCUACAACUAAGGGAAUGUCACCAAGAAGGACUUCAAGGACUUGAGGAAAAAGUGUGCAAGUUGAAAAAAGAACGCCGUCUAGAUGCAGAGAGUCUCCAGCUGUUUUAUACUCAUAACCAGGAGCUGAAGGAGCAAACCAAAACUCUGCAGGAUGCCAAUCGUCUUUUGGAGGACAGGCUGCGCACGAAAGAAUGCAAUCGAUGCGCAACCUUGGAAGAAAACUUGAAAAAAUGGCAAGAUCAUAGCGAGCAAACCAUCUCCAAACUGAAGUAUGAAAGAAAAUGCCUAGAAGAUGAAAACCGCAAACUGCAAGCUGAGCUGCAAAUAUUAAAGACAUGCUCCGAACCGCAGGCGGCCCUCUCCCCAGAACACGAAGAUGGCAUCAUCCCAGACUCUCCAGUCCUGGCCAGCUCACUUCCUGCGGCCAACAAACUGAAGAAACGUAAAUACACGGACAACAGCAGACAUGUCCACUAUGCAGAGGACUUCAACUGGGCACUCUUCAAAGAUCAAGAAUCAAAUGACACUACAAGACUGGCUAAAAGAACACAGAUGCUUGCUCCGAACACGUGUGAAAUGGAAACAUCCCAGAUUUUAGGAGAGGAGGAGAACGGAGUGAUAGCAGACACAUGCGGCCUGGAACUUGUCAACACACUUCAUAUAAAAACCACAGCCGAAGGAAAGCAAUUCAGCUCAAAACCAUCCCGCUCGUCUGGUGUUCGUCCAAAGCCUCGUCGUAUGUCUUCGCUGUCCGCACCCAUCCACAGUCCAGACUCGACCACGGCAAAGUCCUCAUCUCUUCUCCCUCGUGGUGAGAAGCUGACCGAUAGUGGCGAUCUUGGCAAAGACAAAACAACAAAGGACGAUGAUGAUGAUGAAGCAAAGGGGCCGGAGGACGGCGAAACGUGCGACCGUGUCAAUGGGAAGAAAUCGGACAGCCGAGUGGAGCCGAUGAAACAAACCUGCAAGACCAUGAAGGCUCAAAGCUUCACGGAGCCACCUGGCAGCAGGGUUCAAACUCUCAACCAAGCUUUAAAUGUUGACUGUGGAAGUCCAGCUUUCAAGAAGCCAAACCAGAUACCAAAAGAAGAUCACCGUAGACGGAGCCACCCUCAGGUCCAGAGUGCUACGCACAAACGAGCUCUUCCGGAAAAUGCACAGAGGAAACACACCGUGGAGAACAUGUGGAGCAUCGACCCCGCGCUUGCCCUCUCCAUGUAUGACAGCGAGCAAGGAGCCGAUGAGGAUACAGAACAGCAACGUGAAGAAUUACUUGAUAGCGACUGCACUUGGAUCAGUCACAGCUUACUCCAAGGUCGAGGCGAAGAGGACGAGGAUGAGCGCGGUGUGUCAGGAAUUGGCGACAAGGCAAACGACAGUCUGGAUCGAAUGUUUGAUACCACCGCCCACGAGGAGUACAUAUCUUACAACACUUCACAAGUUGCCAGUUGUCCGUCUGAGGAUGAGGAGGAGCAAGAUGAAAAAGAGUCUCCAGAGAAGUCUCCACGAUUGCGCAAAGUGCAACACCCAACAUUUGCACACGCCGCGGUGGUUCGCAAGAAAGACGAGAGAAGAAAACUCAAAGGCACCACCUGCAAAGAAUGUGAAGUUUAUUACGCCCAUCUCCCAGAGGAGGAAAAAGUGAAGAAAUUGUCCGAAUGCUCUCGGCACCGCCAUCGCUUCAUUCCUCCCAGCACUCCGGAGAACUUCUGGGAAGUCGGAUUCCCAUCGACACAGACGUGCAUAGAAAGGGGUUAUAUCAAGGAGGAGCAGAUGCCGCAGUCUCGUUUGAGGAGAAAACAGCCAUUCGCUGCUCUCUUCUCCCCAAAGAAUAGCCAGCAGGAGAGCUGAGCAUAAAAGAAGUAGCGUGUCACGAUUCAUAUCACGCUGUCGCCGCCCACUUUUUUUCUCCCUCGUGUCACUCGGGCAUGUUGAAUAAAAACAAAGAUAUAUAUCUUGCAUAUGAAA